CGCGCUGCUGUCGGUUUCCGUGGAGACGGCGAGGCCGGGCCUGGCUGCGUCCAUGGAGCCAGGUCUCGUCGGCCCCGGGCCCUACCGCGCCACCCGGCUGUGGAAUGAGAUAAUAGAACUUUUUCGUGCUGGGAUGCCUUUACGAAAGCAUCGAUGUCGCUUCAAAAGCUACGAGCGUUGCUUUAAAGCCUCGGAGGCAGUGGACUGUUUACAUGAAUUGCUUGGCUCUAAUCAAAACUUUGGCCCAGAAGUGACUCGCAAUCAAACGGUUAAGCUGCUUAGAAAAUUCCUAAAAAAUCACGUUAUUGAAGAUAUUAAAGGAAGAUGGGGCAAAGAGGAUUUUCAAGAUGAUGGCCAUUUAUAUAGUCAUGACUUUCCUGAGCUGCAGGCUGUGAGAAGCUGCAGGCUGUGGAAGUUGGUUGGAUUUCCUCCUUCCUCACCGCUGAAGCCAUAUCCAAAAAAACCUUCAUGUGGAAAGGAAGUAAUUAAAUUUCCAGACUGGAAUGAACCGAAGACUGGUAGUUCUCAAGAACACAUCCCAGUGAAAUCAAUCGCAAUGAACUCUGAGAUGUGGUACAAGCGACACAGUAUAGCUAUAGGGGAAGUACCAGCAUGCAAACUCGUGUUCCGCAGAGAGCUAACACAAACAAACAUAGAAGAGAUAUGGAAAUCCAUGACUUUGUCACGAUUACAAAAGGUCUUGGGUUUGGAUUCUCUGGAUGAAGUAUUAGACACAAAACUUGUGAAUUCAAAGCAUAUAGUCCAAAAUGUGUACAAUGUCAAUAAGCAAGGCAUUGUCACUUUAGAAGACAAAUCAAAGGAACUACCUCACUGGAUAUUAUCAGCAAUGAAAUGUCUAGCAAAUUGGCCUAGCUGCUCAGAUUUGAAACAGCCUACGUACUCAGGAUUUGAAAGAGAUGUCUUCAAAACUAUAGUGGACUACUUUGGCCAGAUGAAAGAACCACUUCUCACAUUUCAUUUUUUUGAUAUUUUUGUUAGUGUGUUAGGUCUGCUGCAAAAACACAGCAAGGCCGUAGAAGCUCUUCAGAUAUCUUGUCUCCUGCUGCCACCAGAAAAUCGGAAAAGACUACAGCUAUUGGUGAGGAUGAUGGCAAGAAUUAGCUUUAACAAGGAUUUGCCACCUCUUUCUGAAUCAGUGAGGACCAGAACCUUGAUGGUUCAGGCAUUCUCCCGUUGUAUUCUCUGCUCGAAGGAUGAAAUGGACUUGGACGAACUGCUUGCUGCUAAACUAGUAUCUUUUCUCAUGGACAACCAUCAAGAGAUCUUAAGUGCUCCUUCCAACUUAAAAUCUUCUAUAGAGGAACAUGUUGUACAUCUCCAGAGAGUCCAAAUAAAAUAUGCUGGAGCUGAUACUGAUGCAACUUUUCCUCCUCCAUCAUUUUGUCACCAAAUCAGUACAGAUGAAUUUGAAUACCAAAGGGCAACUGGCUCUCAAGAGCCACUGGCAGCUUUAUUGGAAGAAAUUGCAACAAAUAAAGAAAUAUCUGUGAAAGAUAAAAAGAAGAAGCUCAAGCAAUUUCAGAAAUCUUACCCUGAAGUGUAUAAAGUACGAUUUCCUACCCCUGAAACUGAAGCGGUACUAUUUCCGGAAAAAAACAAACAGAAGCCACCUGUACUGAUGUGGGCCUUAAAAAAGCCUUUUCAACCAUUUCACAGAACCAGAAGCUUUAGGAUGUAAAUGGUUUGAAGAAUAUCAGUGAACUGAGUCAGAGCGUAUCGUCAACGGAUCUUAUGCAAGAGGAGCCUGAGCAGCAUGUAGUUACUCAAAAAAACUACUGGAGAUACUGCUGAAAUGGUAGAAAAGGUCAAAAGAAAAGGAAAACAUUGAGGUCAUAGAAAUGUGAGCCAUUGUCAGUAUUUUUGUAAAUAAUUAUUUUUUGUAAAGGUCAGUUAUUAAAAAAAAAACAAACAAAAAAACCCAACAACAAAAAAACACACCAAAAAAACAAACUCAAGGGGAUUAAUCUACAUUGGGGAUACUGUACACUUGCUGUAGCUUGAUUUGACCAUCAUUUCAAGGUCUAAAUGUAUUUGUGUGUAAUGUAUUGUUGUAACUAGAACAGCUCUCUUUUUCACUUGAAAAUGAGUCUCUUGUGUAAACUGGGCUGUUUUUCACAUAUAGCUUGAGGAAUUAAUUUGCUGUAAAUGCUUGAAUAAGUACGAAGCACUGGAUUUUGUUUUUCUGUUGCACACUUUAGUGCUCUCGGUAUGUAAGAUUUAUUUUGGAAAACUAAAAAAUUCUUUCUUAAUUUUCUGAUGCAUAGAAUGCAUUACAGCUUGAGUCAAGUCCUUUCGAAAUUCCAUUAACUUCUGUAGUGCUGACCAAUUCUUUUAAGCAACCCAGUCUUUUAAGCCUUUUCCCAUAUACUCUUACUAAGUAUUGUCAUAUAAAAUUGGAUGCUUGACACUAGAACAUAGUUUAUUAGAAAAAUCUGAAACCUUGUAUUUCCUCUGGAAAUGAAAUUCAAAUAUUCAAGUGACAUUGAAGCAUAUGUGCCUUUAAUAAUUUAAUUUGUUUUGCAUUACGAAAUCUACUAUACCUAUAACUUGACUGGGCAUAUAACAUACUUGAUUCUGACAGCACCUUUGAGCUAUUAAAGCAUUACCAUUUUCCGAUGUUUACUCAGCGUGGUGAUUUCAUGUCAUCCAUUAGCGAUUUUAAGAGCAGCAUUUCAUACCUUAUUGAAUGUCAGGGUAGUCUAUGCAGGAGAGAAGGCAGCUGACAUCUCAACAGAUUUGUCUGACAUUUUAGUAAGCAACAUGGUGACUACCCUGUAAUGCAACAUUGACAGUAUUUUCACUUUGCUAACCUCCUAACCAGCCAAUAAGCUUUAAGAUGUACAUCAACAGGAUGUUGGUAUAAUAGAUUGGAGUAUUUGUUGGGCAAUGUGAUUUUGAAUAGUAUCUGUUAUCUGUUUUCACUUAUCAAUUAUACUUAGACUUUGUAUCAAUAAUAUUUUUCUUAAGCAAAAUUGAUACAAAAUGAUACACUUUUCAAAUAAUAAGACAGUAUUAAAAUUAAUAUUAAAAGUA